AUGCAGCUCUCGAGCCUUCGCGCCGCCAUCUACCCGUCUCUGCACCGCCAGUCCAUCGCCUACCGCCACAGGUUCGUCAACAUGGUCAAGCCCGACGACGAAGUCAUCAAGGAGUUCAACGAGCUCGUCAACAUGAGCGCCGACGAGCUCGAAAAGUGGCUCAAGUCCAAGGACUCGCAAGAGUCGGGAUGGACCGGCGGCGGCGGCGGCGGCGGCGAGACGGUCGGUCACGACAGCGGCAACAAGAUCACCGACAUCCUCCGCCGCAACCCGGACAAGAAGAAGGACAAGUACACCGACGAGGAUCUCAAGCACAUGCGCAAGGUCGUCAGCUACAACAAGCGCCACCUCGCACAGGAGGAGCACCUCAAGGAGUCCAAGAGCGAGGAGGAGCUCAAGAAGACCAAGAGCUACAAGAGCCUGAAGAAUGGCGAGCCAUCAUCACCAUCCACCUCUGCCGCAGCGGGUGCAACGACCUCGGCCGCCUUCCGAUCCGACGUGGCCCAGCCGACCGCUCUCCGCACGGGCAAGAUUGGAGGCGGCCAGGCGGCCGCAUCUUCGGCAGCGGUCGGGGCGGGCGACGCCGCGCUUGGGCCGAGCGGCCUGAUGGCGUCGCAAGAGUAUCUCGACAAGCUCGAAGAGGGCGUCAACAAGACCAUCGACGGCGACAUCGAGACGCUGCUCGAGAGCUUCAAGGAGCUCAUCUCGCUGGCCACGAUCGGAGACAAGGACAAGGUUCAAAUAGAGCAGGAGGCGUUCCAGGCCGACGCGCGGGCCGAUGCGAUGGUUCGUUCCGCGCAGAACCUGUCGCUGCUCUCGGAAUCGCUCAAGCUGUCGCUGCUGCUGUCCAAGGCGCCGGACCCGGCCCUCAAUGACGAGGCCAUCGAGCUGAUGAAGAGCACCGAGCUCGAAAAGGUCAAGUGCGCCCAGCUGCUGGAGCGCAUCCUCGGCCUGCCCGCAGGCGGGGGCGCCACCCUGGUCGACGAGCUCGAGGACAACGACGGCAUCGCUACGUCCGAGACAGCGCCGGGGUCAGGCAAGGGCGAAGGGGCGGCAGCGAGUCAAGGGACAGCCCAGCCACCAACGGCCGAGCAGGCGGCGCGCAGCCAUUCUCCGCCAGCGGCCGCUGCGUCCACGGGGCAAGUCGGCAAGGACGACGACGACGGCGAUGCGCUCGAGAUGGAGGACGUCUCGAUGGGGUAG